GGGAAGACGAGAGAAGCGGAGUGAUUUCCUCUACUAUGGAUGGGAAUAUCUACGAUCAGUUUGGGGAGGUCAUUGACAGAAGGCUUGGACGAGCGAGGGUUGAAGCCCAACGAAGAGCGGCAGCUGGGCCACCACCCCCUGCCAUGUUCAGGCUAUGGCAGGAAAAGGAGAAACCACCGUUUGGGGUGGAAGAAGUGGGGAGCGAUGAGGAAGUGACUCAAGGGCUGCGAGGAGGACGUGAGACGGAAGAGGCCAUAAUCAUUGAGUCAGAUGACGAGGAUGAGGAGGAAAGAACGGAGCCUCUGUCCGUCUUAUUUAAGAAGAUGGAGGACUUGCUGGAUAAGAUGGGGAGGAGAUUUAUUUUGAGAGUGGAUCCGACCACCCUGGCCUACUCUCCAAGGAAUUACGUUCCAUCGGAUCCGAGGAUUGCCAGAUGGCUGACGUACAUCUGGAUGUUCAAUUUCGAAUUAGAACGGAUUCCUGGUAGUAAGAGCCGAGCAGACGGGCUGAGUCGGAUCAACUGGGAUAAGCAGGAAGGGGAAGCGGUGGAGAAUACGCCCCCAGUUGAUGGAUUUCUGGAUCAGGAAGAAGAUGUUCGUCUCCAUAUCAAUAAGUGGUCACUGCGAGUGCCCAGCUGUGUAGGCUAUCCUAUUUGGCAAGCGCCGAGCGGAUAUGAAAGGAGGACCGAGUUGGUCCUCAAACCCUUUAAAGAAGAGGAUCCCUGGGGCGGUAAGGAUGUUCAGUGGAUGAUGGAAUUAGCGCUGGCCAGCUCGCAUAGCCUGGUGGAGGAUAUGAGGACAAUUGAGGAAGGACCUGGCCAGGUAGAACGACAUGAGGACCUGAUGGGAGGAAUGUAUCUCCUCAUCAAUACGUUAUUGCAGGAAAGCCUAGACCAGUCAGGCUCGUUGAACCCGGCAGGGAAUGUGGACGAAAUACCCGAGAGUCAGGACAACGAGUUCGAAGAAGGGGAGAUUAAGGAGGCUUUUCGUGCAGAGGAGUACGACGGGAUCUACCUAGAGCUGGGGCUUCUUCUGUCAUGUGAAAUGCGGCUAAGAGAUGCGAGCGAUAGGGCUCAAAGGAUGCUGCAGCGCUACUUAGUGCGAGACGGUCACCUUUUCGUGAGAAGGGAAGUGAGGAAUCCCAGGAGAGUCGUCUGCGGUAGGAAUCGUCAGAUCGACGUCGUAGCAGCGCUUUACGAUGGUAUUGCAGGAGGACAUCGAGGGGUACAAGCCACGUAUGCCAAGAUAAGUGAGUUGUACUACUGGGAUGGGAUGAUGGAUAUGGUCGGAAAGUUCUGCCGAUCUUGCGUACCUUGCCAGGAAAGAUCUCGUUUAAGGCAAGGAGAGCCGCUGCAUCUCAGGCUAGAGCGAGAGGCAAAGGAGGGGUUGCAGAAAGAGGAGACCCCUUUACCUUCGUCAGAAAAGGCUUCUUCGCCAGAAGGGAGGGCAGAAAGGAGGAGAGAGAGGGCAGUUGUAAGGAGAGAAGCUUUGAUCCUGAUUGAUAGGCACCUAGCAGCUCAUGCCCUGGAGCACCCAGACCUGGAGGAACCAGCACCUGCAGAGCCACGCCAUGAGUCAUGCCAGCCCGAGAAGGAGAUGGAAGCAGAGAUCCCAAAGAGGGUCGACCUCCACACGAGGGAAAGGGUGUCAGCUGGAGAGACGGUUGAAGAAAAGAGGGCGAGACGAACCAGGCGGAUAGAUGAGAUAUGGCAGGAGAGGCAGAGGUUGGAGGCAGCGGGGGAGCUCCCGGAGCAGCAGCAAGAGAGGCAGAGAUCGGAGGCAGCAGGAGCACUCCCGGGUCAGCCACCCAGCGCACCAGCUAGGGUCCCAGAGAUCCCUGAGAUAUGGAGGGACUUCUGGGAGCAGAGAGGAGAGGAGCUUCCAUCGCCAGUCAGAGCCGGGUUUGGGGUGGCCAGGAAGGCGGAAGAAAGGUUAGAUUGUAAAAUCAAGUCCCUGGCCAAGACCACUUUUGACCGGCACUUGUUAUUGGAGGGCGAUCUGGCGGGGAAGAAAAUGAAGGAAGCCAGCCAUGGAGUACGUCUAGAGGCUAUGGAGAUGAAAAUUCGGGAACUUAGGGCUUUGGUGGCCAGCCAGGCAGCUAUCAUUGAGAGCCUGAGGCAGCAAACCCAGGGAAAGGUGGACAGACCAGAGAGCAGCCGGCAGGGAGAGCAGAGGCAGCCAGGACAGGGAUUGCCAGGACAGCCAUCUGCGACAAAGCCUCGCCAGGAGCCACCUAUGGGGAGGGUUAUCCUGGAGUCAGAGGAGGCGAGAGCACAAAGACAGGCGGAGAGAGAGGCGUUCGAGUUCAGAGCCCCGACCGAGCUCCCGACACUGCCAGUAGCAGCGGCGGGCCCAGUCGUACCUUUGGCAGUAGAGGAGGGGCUGCCACCAUCUAUCAGUGAGACGGCUUAGGGCUCAGUAGAGGAAUCCAUGGGCGUGCUCCUUGAGGCGGUACAUACUAUGCAGGAGGAGGUGAGUUUGUUUUCACUUGAGCAGA